CGCCAUCAAUCGCGCAUCAAAAAAAGCGAGCCGCAUCACCCAUCCCCGUCUAAAUUCAUCGACAAGUAUCCGGAGUGACCUCCAAUUUUUAUUUUACGCGAUUUUCUUGCCGAAAACAGCCCCCCUCUACUGUCUUUUUACGCGCUCCCAGCCAACCACCUGCCUUUGUACCCCGUUGGCCGUUGUCCUUUUCGACUCACGUUUCCCCCCGCGCGACCGCGAAGGCCAAAAAGUCAACUUCGGAGCCUCGCAUAAUACCCUACCGUCGCUGCAACCGUGCCUUAGAUAUGAACGCCUCAUAAAGUGGUUAGGAGAAUAAUAAAAUUUGUUAGGAUCCAUAUCGAGUUACCCUCGAAUUAGUUCAAUAUGGCAUCUGUUCAGGCCCCUCCCGUCCACCACCCUGGCUCGUCGGCUAUGUCGGCGCAGAUAAACCAAAAACAGAUCCAGGACAUGUAUACGAAGUAUCAGCAGAUGAAAGAACAAGGCGUGCCGCAGAAUGAUCCUGAGUUUGUGAAGACGAGUCAAUUCUUGAUGAACUUCCAACAGCAGCGAAUACGUAAACAGCAAAGUUAUCUACAGAUGCAGAGCGCGCAGAUGGGACAGAAUGCUCCUAAUGGCAAUGCCAAUGGGACUCAACCCGGUCCGCGACCACAACAACAACAGCCCGCCCCGCAUACCACGCAGCCUCCCCCAUCAACUGCUUUGAGCACUUCUGCGUUACCUUCCAGCGCAGGACCCACCGCCCAGCCAACCACGUCUUCGCCUUCGACGACGUCUCCAAUGGCCCAAUUCUCUCCUCAACAGCUGGGCCUCCUUAGGCAGCAGAUCCAAGCUUUCAAGCUGCUCAGCAAGAAUACCGGGGUACCGUACCAGAUGCAACAGGCGUUAAAUGCGCAGCGUCAACGAAGGCAGGCAGUUGCUGAACAAUCAACUCAGCCUCCUGCUUCAGCUCCAGCUGCCGCAACCCCAGUACCCGAACCGGCAAAGGCUGGCUCUACUCCUCCGGACGGGGAAGUUGAGUCUGAAGCUUCAUUACCGAAGGGUCGGACUUUCAAGACAAUUAAAUCCCCUUACGAGGGUGGCCUUGUACGCAAAGACAUCAGCUAUUACGACCAUGGGCAACGAAAGCAGCGCCUUAUCAUCCCUAGUAUAUUCCCUACUGGGGUCGACUUUGAGCAAUUGAGGCAUGAGCGAGAAAUUAUAAUCUUCAAUCGUAUGAAGGCGAGAUAUGCCGAGCUAAAAGCUCUACCUGGGAAUAUUGCCCAUUGGGACACUGUUAAGGAGAGCCUCGAUCCUGAUGACACAUUGAAAAGGAAGGCCAUCAUAGAGUUGAAGUCGCUCGGGCUAUAUGCCAAGCAGCGCGCUUUACGCGAGAAAAUCGGUCGCCAGAUGAUGCAUUAUGAUAAUCUGGCAAUGACUACUAAUCGUAGUCAGUAUCGACGAACCAAGAAGCAGAGCGUGCGAGAGGCUCGUAUUACCGAGAAGCUCGAGAAGCAGCAGCGAGACGCUCGCGAAACUCGCGAGAAGAAGAAGCAUAUUGACUUCCUCCAAUCAGUACAACAUCAUAAGGCCGAAAUUGCUAGUUCAGCUCAGUCUGCCAGGAGUAAGAUGUCGAGAAUGGGAAGAGCUAUGCAUGUGCACCAUUUCAACAUUGAAAAGGAAGAACAGAAACGCAUUGAGCGUACUGCUAAACAGCGUCUUCAGGCGCUUAAGGCAAACGAUGAAGAAGCUUACCUUAAGCUACUCGAUCAGGCGAAGGAUACUCGUAUCACGCACCUUCUUAGACAGACCGAUGGAUUCUUGCAUCAGCUAGCAUCUUCUGUUAAAGCGCAGCAGCGACAAGCUGCAGAACGCUAUGGUGACGAAGUUGGUGAAUUCAUGCAGGAUGAAGAGAGCGAGAUUGACGAGGAAGAUGAAGAGGCCGGCCGCAAGAUUGACUACUAUGCCGUAGCCCAUCGUGUUAAGGAAGAAGUCACAGAGCAAGCCAAUAUCCUGGUCGGUGGUACUCUCAAGGAAUACCAGAUUAAAGGAUUGCAAUGGAUGCUUUCGCUUUACAACAACAACCUCAACGGUAUUCUCGCCGACGAAAUGGGUCUCGGCAAGACGAUCCAGACAAUCAGCUUGAUCACUUACCUAAUUGAGCGCAAGCUUCAGCGUGGCCCGUAUCUUGUGAUCGUGCCUCUAAGUACUUUGACAAACUGGAACCUGGAGUUUGAGAAGUGGGCUCCGUCUGUCAGCCGUAUCGUCUACAAGGGACCUCCAAACGCACGAAAGCAGCAUCAAGAGAAGAUUCGCCAAGGGAAGUUCCAGGUUCUAUUAACAACUUACGAAUACAUUAUUAAAGACCGCCCGAUCUUGAGUAAGAUUAAGUGGUUUCACAUGAUUAUUGACGAAGGACAUCGUAUGAAGAACACUAAUUCGAAGUUGAGUGCUACGAUUUCUCAGUACUACAGCACUCGAUUCCGUCUCAUUCUUACUGGUACUCCUCUUCAAAAUAACCUGGGUGAAUUGUGGGCAAUGCUCAACUUUGUCCUUCCAAAUAUUUUUAAGUCGGUGAAGACAUUCGAUGAAUGGUUCAACACCCCGUUCGCAAAUACCGGCGGGCAAGACAAGAUGGAGUUGAAUGAAGAAGAACAGAUCCUCGUCAUUCGCCGUCUUCACAAAGUGCUGCGACCGUUCCUACUUCGUCGUCUCAAGAAGGAUGUCGAGAAAGAUUUGCCGGACAAGACCGAGAAGGUUAUCAAGUGCAAAUUCUCUGCCCUUCAAUCUCGUCUGUAUAAGCAGAUGGUCACACACCAGAAGAUUACGAUCAGCGACGGAAAGGGUGGCAAGACCAAAACUCAAGGUCUUAGCAAUAUGAUCAUGCAGCUCCGAAAACUCUGCAAUCAUCCUUUUGUUUUUGAUGAGGUAGAGAACCAGAUGAACCCUACGAACACCAGCAAUGAUCUUCUCUGGCGAACAGCAGGUAAAUUCGAACUACUAGAUCGAAUCCUGCCCAAGUACAAAGCCACGGGACAUCGUGUCUUGAUGUUCUUCCAGAUGACUGCGAUUAUGGACAUCAUGGAAGAUUUCUUGAGAUUCCGUGGAAUCCAGUACCUGCGCUUAGACGGUAACACUAAAUCUGACGAGCGAUCAGAUCUUCUGAAGGCCUUCAAUGCCCCGGACUCGCCGUAUUUCAUGUUUUUACUGUCCACUCGCGCUGGUGGUUUAGGUUUGAACUUGCAAACUGCCGACACCGUCAUCAUCUAUGAUUCGGAUUGGAAUCCCCACCAGGAUCUACAAGCUCAGGAUCGUGCCCAUCGUAUUGGCCAAAAGAAUGAAGUGCGUAUUCUCCGUCUAAUCACCUCGAAUUCGGUUGAAGAGAAGAUCUUGGAACGUGCCAAAUUCAAGCUUGAUAUGGACGAAAAAGUUAUCCAAGCCGGUCGUUUUGAUAAUAAGUCGUCGGAGACUGAUCGUGAUGCCAUGCUUCGGACGCUGUUGGAAUCUGCAGAUUUAGCCGAGUCUGGUGAACAAGACGAGAUGGAUGACGAAGAGUUGAACAUGAUUCUUGCGCGAAGUGAGAAUGAAGUUACCGUUUUCCAGCAAAUUGAUGAAGAACGUGCGGCGGAUCCUCUGUACGGCAACGGUCCAGGUUCGAAGCGCAUUCCGCGGCUCAUGACCGAAGACGAGCUUCCAGAAAUAUACAUGACGGAUGGUAAUCCUGUUGGCGAAGAGCCAGAAGAGGUCUUAGGUCGUGGGGCGCGAGAGCGGACCCGAGUCAAAUAUGACGACGGCCUUACUGAGGAACAGUGGCUAAUGGCUGUCGACGAUGACGAUGACAGUCCAGAGGCGGCAGCAGCGCGAAAGCAAGCUAAGAAGGACAAACGGGAAACAAACAAGCUGAAGAGGAUAGCUGUACUUAACAAUGCGUCAAGCGCCAACUCUCCUAAUGCGAGCCGUGCGAGCACCGAAGAAAUCGAAACGCCACCCAAGAAGCGUGGUCGCAAGCCCGGCAGUAAGAACGAGAAACGGAAGGCUGAAGAUGAUGAUGGCGAACCACCUGUUAAAAAGCGACGCGGGCCUCAAGGGCGCCCAAGAGCGUCGAUGGGUAACGGUAGCGAUUCGCGUCUUGGCCCCGAGUUACGGCAAGUUCUCCAGAAGAGUCUACGCAAUCUUUAUGAUGGAUUGAUGAAUCUCGAAGCCGACAUAGCUCCUGAAGAUCAGAUCGACGAUGAUGACGAUGAUGACGAGCCAACCAAGCGACUAAUCAUAGGACCAUUCGUCAAGUUACCAUCCAAACGCGACUAUGGUGACUAUUAUGUCCUCAUCCACAACCCGAUUUGUAUGAAUCAAAUUCAGGCCAAGAUUAAAAGGGAGGAGUAUAAUAGCAUCAAUGAUAUGCGUAGAGAUAUCGUCCUAAUGUGCAGCAAUUGCAAAACGUACAAUGAAGACGGAAGUCUUCUUUACUCAGACGCAAUUGUCAUGGAGAAAUUCUUCAAUGACCGAGCACAGGAAGAACUUAACGAGCAUCCGGAAUUAGCCGAGCUCGAAGACCCAUCUGCAAAAGACAGUUCGGUAGCUCCUAGCACGAGCGCAGGAACGCCUCAGUCUUCUGCGAAUACCACAAGGAUAAAGUUGGUAACUAACGGCAGCAACCAGGGUAACGCGGGCAUAGGGGGCGGUCAAAGCGAUGGUGAGCAAUGAGUUGAACAAUGAGUAGGUAUCUAUGGGAUGGGACGACUUACCUAAGAUAAUAGUCAAGCGAGUCGUUGACAACUACAACAAAUAAUCAUGUUUUGUUUUCUUUUUCCGGACGGUUCCGUCGACAUUGUGGUUUUUGCAAGUAAAGAUCUGGCCGAGGCCGGGAAGGUCCGGGGCCUCGAGCGGCAGAGAAAUAAGGCGUACAAGGAGGUGUGGUUCUUCUUCUAUUACUUGGCGACGGGCAAAGAGGAAACGAACGGCAUGUGUACCACAAACACCAAACGAAGUAUUUUUUGGCGAAGCUACCUUUAGCAAUACCCUGGGCCGCCCUCUGGCUGGCUGCCCUGUUCUCAUCGAAUAACCACUCUUAAACACCAGAUUCUACUACAUACGUACGCUAGUGUGCUGUUAGAUGUAUCUUGAUAAAGCUUUUAGUUCGUUGCAUUUCUAAUAAAUGUGAUGGUAUGUGAGACGACGUGGUCGUGACUGACUACCCCAGGUAGAUUACAGACUUGGUUGAAUGAAAUUAAUUCGCGCGUAUCUAAACGGAUAUCGAAUCGGAUUCCCAGAGGCUUCGUAUUAUGUAGUAGAUAUCAUGGUAAUGGACAAUAGGUAGUAUUACCAAUAGUUACGCAGAGC